AAUUUCCCUCCAUUCUCUCGCAGCUCCUCCCUCCCGAUCCUCCUCUCUCUUAAUCCUUCUCUCUCCGUCACCAUUUGCCGUUGCCUCGCCCGUCUCCAUUGGCUCGCCAUCGCCAUCGCAACCCAGCUUUCGCCCGUCAUCGUUCCCUACUUCGACCACCGCUGCUGCCGCUCCUCGCUAGGAUCUAGGUGGUUUUGAUGCAUAUUCAUUUGUGGGCUUUGGGAGAUCGAGAUCUGGUUUUUAUUGUUUCCUUGGUUUUCUUUAUUUGUUCCUGAAUCAGCGUCCUUGAUUAGUGAUUUGGAAACAUUUCAAGCAAGGAUUUGAAAUUGCCCCACAGUUAGUGGACUGGUGUUAAACUGAGAGUAGGUAAUCUGCAUUUUAGUGGAGGUGUUUCGAGUGGUUUGGUCAUUGGUGGCACUUUUGAAAUAGUUGAUUCAAGGUGUUGCAAAGCCUUUUAUGGAAUUUGAUUGGCGUGGGAAUCCAUCAAAAUUUUAUUCUGGCCUGGAUCCAUUACCUGAGUUUUUAUCACUGGUACAAGGACUAGGCUUUUGCAAGGUCUAAACUAGCUCUAUUUUGCUCAUUGCCGGAGUCAUGGAAGCCUUAUUACAGCCAAAGUCAAGGCGUUUGUACUCUUGGUGGUGGGAUAGCCACAUUAGCCCAAAGAAUUCAAAAUGGCUUCAGGAAAAUCUUACAGGUGCUAAUGUAGUGGAAUUCAUCAUCAACCACACUGAAGUAUCAGUUACUUUUGUUCAAGAGAGCAACAUGGCAGCUAUGCUAACAUGUCUCCCAAGGUGUAAUUCACACCUAAAAACUAUUGUCAGUUUUGGAAAUAUAUCUAGCACACAAAAGAAGGAAGCUAAAGAAUAUGGAGUAUCUUGCUACUCUUGGGAAGAAUUUGCUUUAAUGGGUUCGUGGUUGUCAUAACAUCAGCACGAUGCCAUGCAUGCACUAUAGUCAUCGGAUACAACUUUUGAUUAUUUCUUUUUAAUUUUUAUUGUUAUUUGAACAAAUGAAUUUUCUGUAUUUUAAUUUGAAUUUGUAUAAUGUAUUUCUAUUCGAAUUUUAAAUUUUUUGAAAUUUUUUUUGUUAUCUAACCAGAUGUAAUUUCUUUAUUUUAAUUGAAUUUGUAUUUGAAUUCAAAAUUUUGAAUAAUUUAUGAAUUUU